CAAUAUCUCAAUUCUCAACAACAAUGGCAAAAUUCAGCUUCUCCUUGCUGCUCAUCCUCCUCUCUAUUCUCUCCCUUUUGAGCAGUGUUGAGCCUUCCUUUGCUAGCCAUCCUCGACAGCCUCGACGUUCCCGGGCCCGGGCCUACAUCGAGGCCUCGUGCCGGACCACCCUCUACCCAAAGUUAUGCGUUCACUGCCUCUCCACCUACAUCAAGCCUAACAUGACCAUCCAAAGCCCACAGCAGCUGGCUCAAGUUGCCUUGUCCGUGAGCCUGUACAGGGCCCAGUACGCAAGAGCCUAUGUCCUCAAGGUGGCAAGAGAGCUAAAGGAACUGAAGGCCAGAGAAUACCAAGUUGUGCAUGAUUGCUUGAACCAGAUCAACGAUAGUGUGGCCCAACUCAGUGAGUCCAUUAAGGAACUACGUCGUUUAGGGCAAGCAACUGUGGGUGAUGACUUGUUUUGGCACAUAAGCAAUGUUGAGACUUGGGUGAGCACAGCUUUAACUGAUGCAUACACUUGCGUGGAUGAGCUUCCAGGGAAGAACAUGAGCAAGUUGAAGGCCACCAUUAAAGGGAAGGUGCUGAAUGUGGCUCAGGUCACCAGCAAUGCUCUGGCUUUGUUUCAUAGAUUUGCUCAAAGGUACCGAGCUGCAAAGAAGCCCUGAGGGCUGCCUUUUGAGGAUUUCAUGCGUUUUGGUUUUGUGUCAUGGUUUAAUUUAAUCUUGUUCUUUUAUAUAUGUUACUUGUUCAUGUUAGUAUCAAUGUAUGAAAUACACACAAUGAAGCCUAUGA